AUGUUAAAAUACGAUAUUUAAAGUUUAUGUUGUUUUGAACGAUCUUGUUUAUCAUGUCUCUAAACAAGAAAAAUAGAAAUUGCCAAAAAUGUCAAUUAAGGUAUUAAGAAUGUUAGCUAGUCACUUUUUUCUAAAUGUAAUUCUAAUUGCCUUGCAUGUGAAAUUACAUCAAAGAAUUGCACAUCUUGUGAUUGUGACUAAGUAUAGCACCUAGCUUAAGAACUUAAAUAUCAACAAUAUAAAAUUAAGAAUUAAUACCUGAUAGCAAUAGAAACGCAAUUACUAUAUUCUCUCACAUUCUUAAUGUAUUCUAAAAAUAUAAAUGACUUUUGCACUUAUUUACAAGUUGAGGUCAUCAUAUUAUUUAUUUCUUAUUUCCUCUAUAUUCUUCCUAAAUAAAAUUUGAAUUCACUUGCUACUUGCCUUCAUUGA